UAUAAACUACGGACCAAACAUUAACGCAAUUUUGUGUUUAUUUGUUCAUUAUUUAAACAAUGUCCAAUUUAAAGGAUAGAAACGAAAGGAAAUGUCGACUUUGCCUAGUAGACUCGGAUGCUGAAAAAAUGCAAGACCUAUUCUCCAAAUCGGAAUUUCCAGAUUCACAGGAUAUGGUGGACGACAGUAUUCCUCAAGGGGACGACUUUUCAAAAUUGCCUUUAUUUGCAAAAGUUGAAUAUUGUUGUGGUGUUAAGCUACUUCCUAAGCCACAAAUGCCUACCAAAAUUUGUAUCAAAUGCAUCAACAUCAUAAAUAUGUGGUCAAAUUUUCGCCAAAUGUGCUGCAACUCUCAAGCAUUUCUAGCCUCUCAAAUUCAUGUAGUCUCAGAGGAAGAUGUUGUGGCAAGCAACAUAAAGAAUUUACAAAAAAUGCGCUCGGAACUGCUCAAGAAAACUACAGAAAAACAACAAGAGCAGCAGCAGGAAAAACUUCAGCCAAUUGGAAAGAGUGAACAAUUAGUUUCUAUAAAUUCCACAGAUUCCCAUAUUGAAAUUGACUAUAUUGUGGAAGAAACGGACGAUGUGGUAGAUGAUGAUCAUCGAGAUGAAGACUAUGUCUAUACGGAAUACGAUAACGAAGCAUGUUCAGACAAUGAUACAGAUACCAACGAUUCAAAUACUGACAUCAAAAGUUUUGAUCUUACAAAACUACAAGAAAGUGAUUUUGCAGAGAUUUUAUCUGCCGAUGAUUUUGCCGAGGCAUUUGAUUAUCUAAAUGCCGACAAUGAUGAGGAGCUAGAGAGAAUUAUUGACCAUUGUGCCAACAAGAAUGUUGCAUUGCAGACGCUACGGCGUAAAGCUGUUGCCUCGAAUAUGAGAGAAAAAUCGGCAGCCCUUAAAAACAAUAGUAAAAGGAAACCAAAGGAGAAAGUUGAUGCUGCGGCCAAGAAGUUAAUGAAGCCAUCAAUGUUUAUGUGUAACAUUUGUGGCAAUGUAUAUAGCAAGAAACCUUUAUUCCAGUAUCACAUGCGUAUGCAUUCGGAUGUUAAACCAUAUCAAUGCGAAAUAUGCAGUAAAUCGUAUCGUAUAAUGAGCGAUUUAAGAAACCACAUGUAUCGUCAUACGGGUGAAAGACCAUUCAAAUGUAAAUUCUGCGAUCGUCAUUUCAUGGACAGAAGUUCAAGGCAUCGUCAUGAAAGAGUACAUACCAAUUCCCGCCCUUAUACCUGCAGUGUAUGCAAUAAAAGUUUCACCUAUUCCGCUAUACUAAAGAAUCACAUGAAAUUACAUACAGGCGAAAAAGAUUACAUUUGUGCGGUUUGUAAUAAAUCAUUUACAUUGGCCCAUCAACUUAAGGCACACAUGUUAACAUUAACUCAUCGUCAGAAGGAAGCAGCUUUCGAAGCCGAAGGUUAUAAAGUUAUCUUUGAGGCUGUUGAAAUGACAAAAGCCGCCAAAAAUUAACUAAGUAAUGAAAAGUAUAAAAGAAGUACAUCUUUAAUACCAUUUUACAAUUGUACAUACACACAAAAAAAGAUCAAGAAUAAACAUGGAAAAAUAUAGAAUUCAGUAA